UGUAUCUAAUCCUCAAUGUGAAGUUAUAAACUGAUCAUGAAAUUGGAUUAGAAACCACCACAGUGCAUUACUCUGCCCCUUUAAGUACUUCAGUCACAAGGGCCGUAAGAAGUAGAAAGGACGGACGUUUAUACUCGUGGGGCUUCAAUGCACAAUCACAAUCCGAAAUCAGGCAAUAGAGCCCCAUUUCAUUGGUCCUCAGAGCGAUUACUCUGCUUAAAGACAGUGCUAGUGUGGCGGUGCAUUGAUCCGCGCACGAAGCUGUUUCAAUCGUUCUGCCCUUACAGUUUCACGUCUGUCGUCUGCUCUCUUACAAGUGGCGCUAAAAUGAGCAAUGUGGACAGUUGUGGUCACGUCAGUGACUAUGUCUAAAUCGAUAAGGUCCCAAAUUCCGAUAAUAAGUCAUUGACAACUACUGUUGGCGAGCCAGGGUGUGAUUCAACGUGUCACGCCACUAACAUUGCUGUCCUCACCACAAACUCGGUUCUCGCCAGAAAACCAGCAGAGUAAAGUGGUUGUGCGCACAGCACGCCUGCUGUCACUCAUUUCUCGUGCGCUGCUGAGGCAUAAGCCAGUCUUCAACUCGGACGUUAGUGGUCCUUCGUGGAACUUUAGAUGCAACUUCAUCGCAGUCAUGUAUGAUGCUUUGGGAUACUUCUAAGUCACAUCUCUAUUUUGGAUACCAAGUUAUCAUUUGAAAACACAGUACUUCAUCUGUAAAUGACCAAUAAUACAUCUAUACGGGACUUCCAUCACCUCUGUGUACCUGAAGCAGCCAUGGAUUACAGGAAACAGUUUUUUAUAAGCUUCUAACUAUCCUGGAGCAUGGACGAUUUUGCUGUGUGUACACCUUGUCAGUAAGUUCACUAUUUUUGGGUUGAAAUCAGCACUUCCACAGAUUCACAGUAGCUCCCUCUGUUCCAGUGGGUACCUACACUCCUGCAAUGUCUGGUAACUGGUCUCAGCCUACAUACGUCAUAACACCAACACACGCCAAUCUGUCCCAUAGUCUCAUUACAAACUAUAACUUAACAGAAAAAGUUUUAAUUGGGACAUUUCUGUGUAUAUUGAUUGUUGUUGCUAUUGGUGGAAACAUGCUGGUGUGUGCAGCUGUGUUUACAGACAGAAAGCUGAAAAGAAAUAGUAACUUUUUUAUUGUGUCUCUUGCCAUCGCAGAUUUGCUUGUGGCCAUCAGUGUGAUGACAUUUGCUGUGGCUAAUGAUAUCCAAGGAACAUGGGCUUUCGGCAUUGAGUUUUGCAAUAUAUGGAUAUCCGCGGACAUAAUGUGCUCAACAGCAUCUAUUCUCAAUUUAUGUGUGAUAAGUUUGGACCGCUAUAUUCACAUAAAGGACCCAUUACGAUAUGAAGCGUGGAUGACGGGGAGAAAGACAGUGUGUUUUAUUGCUACAGUGUGGAUUCUGUCACUGCUAAUUUCCUUCGUUCCAAUACACAUGGGAUGGCAUUUUAGUUCCGGAAAUAACCAACAAGAUUCUUUAGCAUCUGAAAGUUGCAUAUUUGAAUUGAAUCCUAUCUAUGCUGUUGUAUCAUCAACAAUAAGUUUUUACAUUCCUUGUAUUGUGAUGCUUUCAAUAUAUUGUCGUUUGUACAUGUAUGCCAAAAGGCAUGCGGACAUAAUUCGCAGAACUCACACAGCAGAGAGGUUUCAGACCCCACAGCAGGCGAGUGAUGCCGCCGGCAAACAAGGAGGAAGCUACAGAAUAUCGGACCAUAAAGCAGCCGUCACUCUCGGCAUCAUCAUGGGAGUAUUUCUACUCUGUUGGUUUCCUUUCUUUGUGAUGAAUCCAAUUGCCGCAUUUUGUCCCACGUGCAUACCUGAUGUUGUGUUCAAAAUACUUACCUGGUUAGGUUAUGUCAAUUCAUGUUUAAAUCCUAUUAUAUAUAGCAUAUUUAAUCAAGAAUUCAGAGAAGCUUUCAGGAAGAUACUGUUUCCCAAAUGCUUGCUGGAAUAUCGGAGUAAAUCCAACGUGAAUCAACGUCAAGGUAGGAAAGUAAGGAAGUCGGAGUAUGCUCCGCCGCUGGUUGAAAACGGUACACAGCAGCCUGGUUACACGAGGAAAAACAGCAGAGAACAUUUGUUUUCAGACAGAAUUACUGCCCUGUGAUUCUACAUUCCACUAAAGUGAGUGUAUUGCUCGUUAAUAUUGUAUAUCAAUAUUGUACUCAAAGAAUAUAUGCAAGUAUCUCCUUGGACUUCGUAUUUCAUUUCACGUAAAUGCAAUGUUAUCCUCUGUAACACAAUCAUUCAUACGCUGUUUAAAUAACAGAUUAUAGACGUAUUGAAACGA